CCAACAUCGCGGCAGAGCGUCACUGACGGAUCUUGGUAUUUGCCGUGUGAUCCUGUGCUUUCUAUGGGAAAUAUGGCAAACGUACGAUAGUUACAACACCUUACCGGACAACGAUGCGCAGGUUCUCUUUCAACAUCUUGCGACGGGCGCACCUGCCGCAAACCUCCUCGAUCCGAAUGCUGACCGGCUCGACAAAGGCUGCGGCAACAAAAAGACAGAAACAAUUGUUGAGAUUAAUUAUUGAUCCCGUCCCUUUCACAAUGGCAGAUCGCCUGUCAGCUCUUCGGGUCCUACAACAGUAUGGAACAAUCCAAAUGUUCAAAAGGAUUGAGAAUGGCCUUUUCCAUGUCAUAGCCGACGAGGAAUCAACAGCUUCGACGCUCCUUUCCAGCAGCCCGAUUGUCUAUGCGCUCUCUUCCGAAGGAGAGGUUGAUAGUACUUGCGAUGCACCCUCAGCGACAGACAGAACUACGAACGAUAGCAAGCGGCGCGAGAUACAUAUGAGCAUCUAUCCAAAUCAUCCCGAGGACGUCUCCAGUCAAAUAAAUAAGCAUGCCUUGGCGGGCUCUUGGUCGAAGGAAUAUCGAGGUCAAAAGACGCUUUCACAGCAGAUUCUGGACCAGAGCGUACCAUCUGGUAUGGCUCAUGAAGGGCUUACAUACUGGGGCUUGGAUCUCAUCAACUCUGGUGAAACAGGUGAUGCGCGGAUUCGCAUGAAAAAAAUGAUGCCCAAGAACAUGCUGAGGCCAGAGGACAGAAAUGCGAUCUUUGGCGGAAAGGCUGAGAUAUCGACCAGCCAGGACACAGAUAGUGGUCAAUCAGCAUUUGGCACUAUAACUGAAGACGAUUUGGCAACAUAUUACUCGUCUCGCAUGGCGAAACCAGGCAAGGACAAAUAACGUGUCGUCGUUAUUCGUGCCUUGUGCGUCGCGGCAUCACGCCACGACAGGUCACACAACCUCGCUGCUCUAACCUUUGUUUGCGUGGCUAAUUGCACAGGGAUCAAUGUUCCUGUACUUUCGAACUUUUUCCUAUAUCUUCUACGUUUGGCUGAUGUUACCAGUGUGGAGGCUGGUGACAAGCCCAUGUACAAUAAUAUCAUGAUACCCUAGACAUUGACAUUUUGAAUAUCUCUUUCUUCAGCCAACUCUCCAGAUACUGUUCUUCGUAAUUUCUUUUUCUCUUCGUAGUAAUUGUAUUUUUUAAAGGUAUUGCUUUUGGAAUAAGAUUGCCAAGUUUGUAUUGGAGCGAUGGUUUAGGUUGACCAAAUGUUAUCAUUCGAGGGUCCAGUCGCCGCCCAAAUGGAUUCGCGCAGCCCAACCACGUGUUAGGGCCACGUUGGAGCUUUCAGAUCUUACUACUAGAAAGCGUUAAACACCCAAUGACGAAUAGAUAACGGUUAAUCGACUACGAGAAGACAAGCAAUAGCUGAACCAAGGAAAAGAGGGCAGUUGCCGUUGGGUACCAAGGAAAAGCAAAGCCACAGUAGCUUGCUGGCCAUGUGCUUCGGUACAAUUUUUUUUUGCGCCACAAUUCAAGUUUUUUGCCUUUCGUUUGCUGCUGAAUAGCGAAAUCAAUGACCUCACUGUGCAUGACAGGGGUCAGCCACAUAUCGAAAAAUGACACCGCCACAUUACAACCCUAGGUGGCUCGACGCGUUUCUUGAUCUUGAUAUUGGCUUCGGCUUGGCCGGCCACAUGCACAGUCUGUAACGUCAGGGUUAGCCUGUAUAGCAGUGCUUUAUGAUCCCCAGACUUGAGGGAAUGAGUACGUAAGAAUGAGGCCCGAUAGAACCCAUUUGCGCUCGUUGUGGCUCGUGUUGAAUGGUGGAGGGAGCCUCUGGGUUGUCUCAUUUCCCACCAGAAGCGCUAACGGGUCGAGACUGGUUCGCUGCAAAUUUGCCUGUGUUGGUAUGCUGAAACGGUCACUGGAGUGACUUGAGGCAAGCUGCAUCACUGGUGUCUCGAAAAGGACCGUCGCUUUUCUUACAGGGCCGUCGACCUAAAAGCAUCAAUCGCAUGGUCGAAACACCGCUUACAAGAGGAUGCAUGGCUGAAGGGCGUGUCUUCAAGCAUCCAUGCUUUCUGCCUGUGAUUCGAAUUGCAUGGGGGCCGGGCGCACACUUCGAUCGCGCAUCCGGCGGAAUUGACCGCUCUUGCGCUUUUUUUUGGGCAUCUAACCGACUGUGUACCCUUGUCCGUUACCUGCUGAGCUGGAGCAGCGCGUGAGUGAACGCGUUGGAUAUGGCGAGUUACUUUCUGUAAGAGACCUUGGCAGCGCUAAGCAAGGGUGUGCAGAGCGUGUUGUGGCGCGCGGACGAUGCUACGGCAGUGGGCAUGGCUCAUUUCACAGCGGUUCAUUUCAUCGGUCGUAGGGGGCCAAUCUGAGGGCCGGGAUAUGCGUACAAAGCAAGAAGCGAAACAAACCAGUGGAGAGAGAUGGAGAGACGGCCCCAUAAUGGUCGGGGCAUAGACUACGGAUUAGGCAAAACAGGCAGCACAAGCAAACCAGCACCGUGGCAAGGAGGGCCAAAAAAAGAGACGACGAAUCGAUGUGGCUGACGGGCUGAGCCUUGCUUUGGUUUCCUUGGAGGAGAAAAGAGUUUUGGGGCUGAAGCCCAGAAUUGGAUAAAGGAUAAAGGAAACCAGGGAGAGACGAUGUGUGGUGGCUUGGUAGCGUGUGGUGAAGUGACCUGCGAUUAGGAUUCAUGAUGCCUACGUCACCCAGUGUAGCUUUUGUUACAAGGCACUCAAGUAGACUGGGUUGGUGGUAAAUGGUGUUGCUGAGCAGCAUAGAGCGCCAACAGUCCCUGUAGCAAAGGCCCAGCUGCAGUGUAAACGGUAGUGCAGUCUCGUCUUUUGCUAGUAAUUACUUGUGUCGAUGUGUGUAAGUAAGCCGAGCACAGCGAUUAGUUGUCGAGUCCCGUCUUUCUCGGCGUCUUCCCAAGGACGAAAGCUGUUAAACUAUUUGCAAAGUACUAUUCUUUCUUCUUUACCCUUUUGUUUCGCUAAAUUUACUUUAUCCUGCGGCGAUUUCGCCAAGAGCGCGCGGUCUGGUUAAUAGGUACUGGGGUUGUGUCUCGUAGCACACCUAUACUUCGCCGGCAGGCUUGUGACGUACUCGCAGCCACAAGUGCCGAUUGCCC